AUGCCGGCGCUUUCAUGGACUGAGCUGCUUGGUGAUGUUGCUGUUUCUCAUCGCAGCAUUUUAUCAACUUCUCUCGAGUCCGCUGGAAACGCCACGAUUCCUGCCGACGAUGGUCUGAAAGUAGUCUGCGCAUGGCCCGUUUCUGGCCAAUAUGGCCCGGGAUCGAGAGUCUUAUACUACGUGCUCAUAGCAGCGUGCGUGUUUGCUCGAAAAGCUGAGUGGAUCAAAAAUGCUUGCUUGGCUGCAGCGCUGCUCUUUCCGGCUGUAGCCGCGGUUCAUGGCAUCGUCCUUGCAGCUCUGCAUCGAGACGAAGCCGUGGAUAUGGACGUAUACGGCGCCUUUCAGCUAUGCUCGAUUGCCAUUCUGGUCGCUCCAAUGACAGUCAGACUGUCUGAGACUUACUUCAAUACCCGUGGCCGCAACACAAUCUUUUUAUGGGCGGGGUUGAUUCUUGCUGGACUGCUUAGCCUAUCCAUCGAAUUCUACCGCAUCCAGGCAUAUCCUUGCCAUCAGGAUGGCCAGGGAAAUCCAGUCUCUAACAAUCCCUCGAAAUUCCCUUACGGCGAUGACACAACAUGCGGACUGCGUUGCUCCGUGGGAGAUGGGCCGUCUUCUCCCAUGAGGCAAGGGUCAGCAAACAACAUUUACGUGAUUCCCGUUCCUAGAAUACUCACAUUUGGCACUGCCACACUGCUAGCGGCGGGCUGCUGCGUCCAUACAAUCGUCUGGAUGGCGUCCAUGACAGAUAAAGUAUUCGAAAGCAAGUGGAAGUCUCGCCUUCGCCUUGGUCUCGGGGCCGACGAUACCCCAGUUGACGAAACAAUCUCAGGUACCAAUGGUGCAACAAAAAAGUCUAUGAGUGGUGUAAACAACAGAAUUCGCCUAUUCCUCUCCGUCGUGGCCGUUCCCGUGUUUGGGGGCGCCGGGCUUGCCAUCAUUAUAGUCGGAGAGAUUAAUUUUUUCAGCGGCCCGGUGUCUUAUCAGGUCGAGCCUCUAGCAAGCAUUGGUAAGUGCACAAAGUUGUCUUGCAUGGUAUUUGCCCUCCUUGUUCAUAUAGCUAACGCUUGUAUUGUACCUUUGCAAUGCAAUAGGCCAGUGGGCGCCCAUUGUUGGAACGGGAUUGGCUGCCAUAGGAUCUCUUUACCUUGUCCUCGCAGCCGAUGUAGAGGCCGCCAAAGAAGAGUCCGAUCCUCAUGCCGUUCAAGAGUGCAAAUGUUCCCAUCAGCACCUUGA